AUCCUGCUCCAAACAGCGCCCUGGGAGUGAGGUCACUUAGUCUGAUAGCCUGUUUUAGUGGUUGAUGAGUUCCUUGCGCUAUAGGGCCGCAUAUUCAGUUAAACUCGUAAUCGGUCUCGGGUUUCACAUCGAUGACAAUCUGUGGGAGGCCUGAAGAGUGCACAGUGUGCUAUUCCUUCCACCAAGUUCGUUGUGUUAUAUUUUAGUAAUACCCAGGCCAGCUCAAAAUGUUUGGAUACCCAAUGUUCCCUGAUGCGCUGCGGCCGUUCAACACACAGUACAGAUGCUAUUCUGUAUCGAUGCUGCCAGGCCAGGAGCGCACGGACGUCGAGAAAGGUGGCAAGAUCAUCAUGCCGCCGUCGGCGUUGGACACGCUGACCCGGCUCAACGUCGUCUACCCGAUGCUGUUCAAGCUCACCAAUCGGAGGGCGGACCGCGUCACACACUGCGGCGUGCUCGAGUUUGUCGCCGACGAGGGCAAGGUCUACCUGCCCUACUGGAUGAUGCGGAACCUGCUGCUGGAGGAGGGUGCCCUGCUGACGGUGGAGAGCGUCUCGCUUCCUGUGGCCACCUUUUCCAAGUUCCAGCCUCAGUCGCCCGACUUCCUCGACAUCACUAACCCAAAGGCGGUGCUGGAGAACGCGCUACGCAACUUCGCCUGCCUCACCACCGGCGACGUCAUCGCCAUCCCCUACAACGCCAAGGUGUACGAGUUUUGCGUGCAGGAGACUAAGCCCGGCCGCGCCGUCAGCAUCAUCGAGUGCGACAUGAACGUGGAGUUCGCCGCGCCGGUCGGCUACCAGGAGCCGGAGAGGGAGCCAGCCGCCCAGCAGCCCCCGGCCGAGGAGCACGAGAUGCCCGAGCCGACUGGCUUCGUGCCGUUCCAGGGCUCUGGGCUGCGGCUUGACGGCAAACAGAAGAACCUAGACGCGCCCAAGGCCACGGCGUCCAACGGACCGCGGGUGCGGGGAAUCCCGGACUACGACUACCAGAUCGGCUACCUUCGCUUCUUACGGAACGCUAUACCCCAGCCACACCAGGCAACCUCUGAGGAGGCGGUGUUCAGCUCGUUCUCAGGCGAGGGCAGGAAGCUGCGACAGCCCAAACACCGACGACCGUGACCGCACGGCCAGCACCGCUGCCCGUCGCGUUACUGACUGCUAUCCGCCGUCUGUGUGUACAGGACAUUUCUCAAGUUUGUAUAUUUAUUCUGCCACAUGUCGAAACCGCCCCGAAUAAAUAUUGCGACCGAAGCCGCGGCUCGCUCUGCCGUCCAUGCCAUGGAAGCUGCCGGACUAGGAGUGGGCACCGGGGCGAGGGCCGGACCGCUCACCCCGCAGCAUAUGCCGUAAAGCUCGAUGGGACACGACACGCGCACGGCCAGCGGCGGUCUGCUGCGUCGGCACGGCCAGCGGUGUCAGCAGCGGUCUGCUGU